AUGUCGCAGAAACCCAUUUUUGUUGCUACCCAUCCUCGAGCAUGCUCCACGGCUUUUGAAAGAGUCUUUAUGACUCGCCGUGAUUCUAUACAAUGUAUCCAUGAGCCCUUUGGCGAUGCCUUUUACUAUGGUCCCGAGAGGCUCAGUUCCAGAUUCGCCGAUGACGAACAGGCCCGUCUAGACAGCGGGUUCAGCGCAUCGACCUACAAGACGGUGCUGGAUAGAAUCGAGCGUGAAGCUGCCGAGAACGAGGGAAAGAGAGUCUUCAUCAAGGAUAUUAUCCACUAUCUUCUGCCCCCCGACGGCAAGCCCGCCAGCAUUGCCCCCUCACUCAAGAGGAUCAAGCGCGGCGUAGGCACCAAUGGACAAACCACCGGUGAAGAAAACGGCGUGGCCAACGGCCACGUCGACCAGGGCAGCAACGGCCAGGACCAGACCGGCCAGAACGGUCACUCCAAGUCCCGGACCGGCGAGCCCUACCCGUACGACACGGAGCCCGAACCAGGCAAUCCCACCGUGAUGCCCAAGGAGCUCCUGUCGCGCUUCCACUUCGCCUUCCUUAUCCGCGACCCGCACUUCAGUGUCCCCUCCUACUACCGCUGCACCAUUCCACCCCUGGACGACGUCACCGGCUUCUACACCUACGACCCCCUCGAAGCCGGAUACGACGAGGUCCGCCGCGUCUUCGACUACCUGCGCCGCGAGGGCCUGAUCGGCCCGCACAUCGCCACGCGCGAACAGGACGCCAACGAGCUCACCGACAACCAGAAGCCGCAGCCUGUUGUCCCCGGGCUCGGCGCAGGCCAUGAGUCCGGCGCGGAGAUCUGUGUCGUCGACGCAGACGAGAUGCUCGAGAAGCCCGCCGCCAUGAUCGAGGCGUUCUGCCGCAGUGUCGGGCUCGAUUACGAUCCUUCCAUGCUGUGCUGGGACACCGACGCGGACCACAAGAUUGCGCGGGACGCGUUCGAGAAAUGGCGCGGUUUCCACAACGAUGCGAUCGAGUCGAAGGGUCUGAUGGCGAAGAAACCACAUUCUCCUAAAUCCGAAGAAAAAUUCGACGCCGAAUGGCGCGAAAAGUACGGCCCCGAGGCCGCGGCUCGCAUCCGCGAGGCUGUCGACCGCAACAUGCCGGACUACCUGUACCUGAAGCAAUUCGCCAUGAAAGUGUAG